UGCCGGACCCCACAAGGCUUGGCGUUCCUUCCUCCUGUUGCCGGACCCCACAAGGCUUGGCGUUCCUUCCUCCCACAAGGCUUUUCCAGUUGUUUUCUCAGGAGUGGGACAGGACUUCACUAACUCAUGAACCAAGCAAAGAAGAGCUUCCCUUUCAACAUCUAACAAAGGAUCCCAUCCUUCUUCUGAUGCACUGUUAUCAACGCGAGUGCUGAGGGUUGCCUCGGCCGGGUAAAUAUCCAUUGACACAAUGACAAAUCUCUCCGGUGGCUGAGCGGAAUGGUGGGCCCUAGAGAAGGCAAGAAGAGGCUGAGGAGAGCAACCCCACAACAGAUGCCCAUUCCCUUUUUGACUAGGUUUGCAAAAGCCUCGUGUACACUCAAGGUCAUGAGGCUUUUGCAAAGAGGGGGCAUAUUUUCCCGGGAAACGACUUCACCCCAGGAGUGGAAUCCACACCUUAGUUCACAGAGCUCCCUUCAAACUAGUUACUGAAGUUGCAGCCCAGGUUUGCACCCAUUCCCUCUGUCCCAUCUCUUGAUUCCGAGUCUGGGUCCCCAACCCCCCUUUCCCCUGGCUCCGCAUCCAGUGCGGGGUGCAAAUGUCACGUCCAGUCCUGGCAGGGUGCAAGAAACAAGGUUGGAGCCCACAGUGAACCAGUCUGUAGGGCCAAGCAGGGGGGCAGAGGGUGCGCUAGUGAAAGCGAUCCCCGCCCUCUCUUGGCCUUCUGCAGGGACACCUCGGCAUCCACUCACCCCCCUCAGGUGACAGUGUGGGAUUAGCCGGUCGCCAUUUGGGGCCGAGUAGGAAUUUUCCCCAUCCACCCGGAUUGGCCUGGAGGUGGCUGGUUUUUUGCCUACUCUGCACUGUUGCACUGGAAGGGAUUUUUGAUCUGGCGGAUGUUAGGAGUGGUGCCGCUAAAUAGUGUAGCCCCUUGGUCACCAUGGCAGGUCCGAGGAGGGGAUGUAGUGCCCCACCCCAUUGGUGGCAGGUGCGAUUUCCCCCAGCUACACUCUAGUUCUCUGCUAAAAUGAGUCAAUAAAGUGAUGGCCCUAGUUUCAACCCAUUUCCUGUGUGCUGUCGUUUAUUUCUGGGUGUGGGUGCAAAGGGACUUCAUGGCAGAACGCUUGCAAGACAGUCUCAAGUAGCAUUGAGUGUGAGCUAUAGAUCCACAAAGGCAAGCUUUACAAAGAGGCAGAAUCCGAAAUUCAGGAGAAGCAUGAGUUGCUCCUUCUGCUCUAGCCAGGUCUUCUGCUCCUCCAACCCCACAAAUGGCGGUCUGGUUCAUACUCACACAAUCAAGUGGCAAAGCUCUGCAUAGACUGUGUCACUUCAGGCUGCAAGUGGAAGGUAGGGUUUUUAAAUGCUCUCCCUCAUAAUAGUUUAAAAAAAAAAUAGCAUGUUGGGAACAAGUGUUCAACUCAGGGGUGCAAACAGAGAAAAAGCUUAAGGAGCACCUCAUUAAUUUUAUUUUGUGGAUAGGUAUGGGCUAUUAGAGGCACAGUGGGGAAGUAACUUGCCUAGGGAGCAAGAGGCUGCUGGUUCAAAUCCCCGCUGGUAUAUUUCCCAGACUAUGGGAAACACCGAUAUCGGGCAGCAGCGAUAUAGGAAGAUGCUGAAAGGCAUCAUCUCAUACUGCCGGGAGAUGGCAAUGGUCAACCCCUUCCCAAUUCUACCAAAGACAACCACAUGGCUCUGUGGUUGCCAGGAGUUGGCAGGUGGUGUGAUAAAAUGCAGGGGAAACUGCUCAAUUGGUUAAGGGUGAUGUGCACUCUUGGUUCAGUCUAACCCUUUCCCUUCAGAGCUAUUUUUCGAUGUGCAGGGAUCUUCUGUGGGGAGGGAUGCACAAAUCACACAUCUGCAGCUUGAAGUGAUACAAUCCAGGAAAAGGUUACUCAGUGAUUUUGCUGAAUGUUUCAAGUAUUGUCAGCAGUCUGUCUGUGAGCACAGCAAAAAGAGAAUCUGGUGUUUAGUAGGUGCCAGCAUGAAUUUGUCACACUGGAGUAAUCUCUCCUCCUCUUUUAACAGAGUUACUAGUUUGGUAGAGGACAGGGAUGCUGUGGACAAAGUGUGCCUUGAUUUCUGCAAAGCAUUUGACACAGUCCCCACAAUAUCCUCCUUGACCUCUGUGGAGAAUGGGGCCAAAAACUCCAUGUUGCAUCUUAGAGUUCUUAGAUCUCCUUGGGGACAGAAUCCAGCUGCAGGACUUCCGCGGAUUCCGAGGUGGCUUGGAUGUUACGAGAGGUCAGACAGGAACAGAGUCUGUCUGCACCAAUUUCCGUGGCAAGGAGAUCAUGUUCCAUGUCUCUACAAAGCUACCCUUCACAGAGGGAGAUGCCCAGCAGCUUCAGCGGAAGCGCCACAUUGGGAACGAUAUUGUGGCCAUUGUCUUCCAGGAUGAAAAUACUCCCUUUGUCCCUGACAUGAUUGCCUCCAAUUUCCUGCAUGCCUAUGUGGCAGUGCAGCUUCAUCACCAUGCCCUUGGGGAGACUCUCUACAAGGAGCGGACCCACAGUGCUCUUCUCGAGAGUCUUUAUGAGGAGCUGCAGAUCCGGAGACGCAGUAUGAUGGGCUUGGCCUCUGGAGAUGAUGACAAGAUAGAGAAUGGGGGUGGUGGCUCCUUUGAGAAUUUCAAGUUGUGCCUCCAGUCAUUCCGCCUAUUGAAAUGGAGAAAAGCAAUCACUCUGCUGUUUGGUAUCAUCGUGUGUCCCACAAUGAACAUGGACCAGAGAAAGCAAAGGAGAGAGUUGUCUGAGGAGAUCAGAAAGAAAAUUAUAGACAAGCAUGUUAAAGACAAAGGCUAUAAGACCAUGUCCAAGCAGUUUGAUGUUCCUGUGACAACAGUUGCAAAUAUUAUUAAGAAGUUCAAGGUCCAUGGGAUUGUAGCCAAUCUCCCUGGACACGGCCACAAGAGGAAAACCGACCCCAGAAUGGCAUCUCAGAUCACCAGCGGACAUCCUGACUAA